AUGGUCAAACAAUUGCAAACAUGCUCCAUAAAAAACAGUUAUGUCAAUCAAUUUAAGACCACGAUUAAUGCGGCGCAAAAGAACUGUAAAGAAUUUAAAGUGGUCAUCCGUGCAGACAGAAAACCAAAUAAUGCUCAUCAAUUUGAAAAUAGAGACAUCGUACUUCAAAGUCACGAUAAUAAACUACAGCGUAUCAGUGAAAUUCAUCGAGCCGCUCUGCAGUAUCCACUUAUGUUUUGCCAUGGCGAGGACGGAUACUCUAUUAGCAUACGAUUGUGUAAUCCCACUACGAAAUUGCCUCUUGAAAAAAAAGUUUCUGCGGCAUCCUUUUAUGCUUACCGAAUUAUGAUUAGGCAAGAUGAAGUUAACCAUAUUGUAUACUUCCGCUCCCUCUUCAGUCAAUUUUUGGUCGAUAUAUACGCAAAAAUUGAAACUGAAAGGUUGAAUUUUAUUAGGAAUCAUCAGAAACAGCUAAUAGCUGAGAACUAUAUUCAUCUCAAAGAUGCUGUGGGGAAGAAUUAUGUUGAUGCAACUGAUCUAGGUCAAAUGGUAGUACUUCCUUCAUCAGUUACGGGCGGACCUAGGUAUAUGCAUGAACGAACUCAAGAUGCCAUGACAUAUGUCCGCGUUCAUGGUCACCCUGAUCUAUUCAUCACAUUUACAUGUAACCCUACUUGGAAAGACAUCAUAGAUGCACUGUUUUCUGGACAAAAGCCGCACGAUCGUCAUGACAUUAUAGCGAGAGUAUUUCAUAUUAAAGUAAAGAAAUUAAUGGCACUCUUGACUAAAGGAAAAUUAUUUGGUGACGUACGGUGCUAUAUAUAUUCUGUGGAAUGGCAAAAGCGAGGAUUGCCUCACUUUCACAUCUUACUGUGGCUACAGAAUCGAAUUUCAUCAAACAUAAUUGAUAAUGUCAUCAGUGCCGAAAUACCAGAUCCCGAGCGAGAUCAUCUUUUAUAUGACAUCGUCAAAAGUAACAUGAUUCAUGGUCCCUGCGGCAGCUUAAACCCUAAUGCUCUUUGCAUGAAAAAAAAUACAUGCAGUAAAAGAUACCCUAGAAAACUUUGCCGAGAAACACAGACAGGAGACGAUGGAUACCCAGAAUACAAGAGGAAGUCUACAAAUGACGGUGGUUUCACUGUAAGAAUCAAGGGACUUGAUUUAGACAACCAUUGGGGCAGUGACCAAGCAGCGUUUACGAUAGAAAACCAGAAGGAUGAGAUUAGAAUGUACUCAAGUGGUAGGUAUAUCAGCAGUGCCGAAGCAGUAAGGAGAAUAUUAUCAUUUUCCAUUCAUGAACGAUAUCCUACAGUUUUUCAUCUAGCCGUCCACCUUGGGAAUGGUCAGCGAGUAUACUUCACCCCUAAUAACUUGGCAGAGAAUCUCAAUAAUCCUUCUAAGACUACGCUUUUAGCAUUUUUUGAGUUAUGCAAAACUGACGUUUUCGCAAAAACCAUCUUUUAUUCGGAAGUGCCUUCUUACUUUGUAUUUAAGAAUAAUAAGUUUCAAAAAAGAAAACAGGGGAGGAAUUUAGAUGGCUGGCCGACCGUAAAGAAGGACGAUGCAUUAGGAAGAGUGUAUACAUCCAUCCCCACAAUACUGAAUCUUCGUAUGCUUCUUCAUAAAAUUAGAGGACCAACAUCUUUUUCAGACCUAAAGACUGUUAAUGGUAUCCUCUAUAAUACAUUCCAAUCUGCCUGUAAUGUGUUACGUUUGCUUGAAGAUGAUAAUCACUGGAAUAAUACGUUAAAUGAAGCUUCUUUGAGUGAUUCUCCUUCCAAGCUGCGCGAACUAUUUACAGUAAUGUUAGUAUUUUGUCAACUAUCGGAUCCCUUAACUCUUUGGGAUACACAUAAAAACAAUAUUUCAGAGGAUAUUAUCCGACAAAUGGAUGCUGACCAAAAAGAUGAGGCUCACAACAAAUGUUUGAUACAAAUUGAAGAUGCAGUGCUUGCUGUAAGAGGUCAGAGUAUAUCAAAUUAUGGGUUACCUCAGCCAACAAGGACAGGAAAUAACUUUGAAAACAUAGUCUAUCAAAGAGAGAUAAACUACGACCUGGAUACCUUAACAAAGGUAGUAAUGAGCAACGAGGCCUUACUGACGAACGAGCAAUACAAUGUCUAUAGUCGGAUAAUGCACAUCAUUAAAUCUGAUACUGGAAAAUUUUUUUUCUUAAAUGCUCCUGCAGGAACAGGAAAAACUUUUCUUAUAAACUUGCUUUUGACAAAAGUAAGGAGCAAUCGUAGUAUUGCUUUGGCUGUUGCAUCUUCUGGCAUUGCUGCUAUGCUUUUGGAGGGGGGAGGACAGCCCACUCAGCAUUCAAACUUCCUCUCGAUCUCAUUAACAUCGAAACGCCAAUGUUUAAUUGUUUGGGAUGAAAGCACUAUGGUGCAUAAAAGAGGUUUUGAGGCACUUGAUAGAUCUUUUAAAGAUAUAAGAAAUAAAAAUGAAGUGAUGGGAGGAGCAACUGUUCUUUUAAAUGGAGACUUUAGGCAAACUCUACCACUUAUACCAAGAGGAAGUCCAGCAGAUGAAGUUAAGGCUUGCAUAAAAGCUCUUAUUUAUGGCCGUUAA